CCACCACCCUCCAUGGAGCUUGAACCCGGCGACGAAUAUCUACGUCGAUUAGCGACGUUUAUCCACACAAAUGAACAUCGUUUGGCAGAGGCUGGCUUUCACCGACGGCGGCGCUCAGCAAAGCCGACGCCCGCCUCGGGGUCCAGCGUAUUCAACCCCCUCUCCUGGUUCGCAGCAGACGCUGGCGCACAGGUUCCUACCAACUCACCUAAGCCGCUUGCAUUUUCCAUCGAUACGCACCGCCUUUUCUAUGUGCUUAUGCGCCUCGAGGCGCAGGGAUUCGACGUGGGCUCACUGGACAUCAAGGUGGACAGCCCGUCGCGACCCAUGAAUUAUGUCAAUAUUUUUUCGGGCACUGACAGGGCGGAGACGAUGUCACUCUCCUCCAUCCGAUCGUCCCUCUCCGUGGUAUCGCGCCUGUCGCUCGGCGUAGGCUGGUGGGGACGUCCGGAAAUCCCGAGCCUCGAUCAGGAGCUCCGGUACCUCUUCAGCAGCUUCACGAAGAUACCGGCGCUCUCGCUGAGCGCUCCUGGGCCGAAGAAGAUCGCUGAGCUCGCUAAUGAUUCUCCGAGCGAGAACGCGCUGCCGCUCGAUGCGUUCAAGAACUUGCAGAGUUUAGAAUGCACGGACAUCGACCCGCGGACGCUACUUGGGUGGGACCGCUUAGCAGACAGUUUGUGGAGUUUGACGAUCAAGAAGAGUGGGCUGGAUGAUGUGUCGGACGUGCUCAUUGGCGCAGUGCUGGACGAUCAGGCCAGGAGGCAGGGGACGGAGACAAGCCGGAGAAAGAACAUUACUCAUGGCCCCUCUCGCCAAUCGUCUUUCCACAGUACGCGACUGCCUGAAGCGAUAUCUGAAGACUCGGAAGAUGCAGAGGACGAAGGCACCGUACUCCCUCCCUCCCCUCCAAAACUUUCGGCUCCUCAGCUAUCCUCGUCGAAGUGGGCUUUACUCCGAUAUCUAUCUCUCGCGGAUAACUCCUUGACGUUCAUCCCCAUGACGCCUCUGCCGUAUCUGACUUCCGUGACACACCUUGACUUAUCCUCUAAUCUGCUAGUGUCUGUUCCGCCAGGUCUCUCUACUCUAUACAACCUCGUCUCCCUCAAUCUCUCCGACAACAUGAUCGACUCUGUGCUCGGCAUUUACAAGCAGCUUGGACAGAUCUUGACUCUUAAUUUAUCCCACAAUCGAUUGGAGUCUAUCUGUGGUCUCGAGAGACUCAUGGGCUUGGAGCGUGUCGAUAUUCGCAACAAUGCUAUCGAGGAGACCGCUGAAGUUGGCAGGCUGUCCACCCUUCCGAACAUCGCCGAAGUUUGGGUCGAGGGCAACCCCUUCAUCGAGCUCGAAGAGGGCUACCGCGUCAAAUGCUUUGACCUUUUCUGGAAGGAGGGGAAGAAUAUCUUACUAGACGGGACAGCGGCAGGGUUCUACGAGAAACGAAACUUCACUACAGCCCCACCACAGCAGAUGACUUCCGCUCGUCCGGUCUCAAAAGCGUACUCCCCGCCUGUUGUGCCCGUUAGAGCGGCUGCGUCCCCUGCAUUGUCUUACACCAACGGUGCAAGCUCUUCCAGCAGCCCCACCUUCCCACCCUCGUCAUCUUCGCGCAAUGCCUCACCAUAUUUUGCCGCAGCUGUAGUCGGUAAAAGCAAGCGGAAGAAGGUCAAGCGUAUUGUCGAUUUGGGAGACGCUCGCACAGACGACAGCACGGCAGACCGCACUCCUGAUCGUCCUGUCGAGUUCACAGAGGACGGAGGGCACGCAUCAUUUCAACAUCCUGGUCCAGAAACAACACUCCCUCCGCCAUCGUUCAAGCCUGCUGACUUGGGGACUCUUACCAAGACUCGGCACCGGCGCUCACAGACCGAGCAUACGUUUGCCGCCGGCCUUGAUCCUACCCAGUUGCCGGCAAAGUCUCGUAUCGACCGCACGGGCAGUCUGCGCGCUCAUAAAUCCGCGAUGCGACGGGCUCGUGUCAACGCGUCUGCGUAUGAAGCACCGGGGGUGACGACGGAGGCGGGGGCGGUGGGUGACGAAUUCAAGGACGUGGACGCUUUUAGAGCACGUAUAGAGGCAUUGCGGUCGGAUAUGGGAGAUGGUUGGCUGAAGGUCUUCAGUCAGAGUCAGCUGGGGCGGGCAGCUAUUCCGUCCGGAUAGACAGUCCUGUUCUGUAUAUUUAUUUUUUGGUGUGUUCGGGGCUCCUGCUUAUUUUCAUCUACUACGUCGUGCAUAUACCUGGUUCACACGCUGUUCUGUAAUUCGUAUCUCUUGCCAUGUUGCAUGUAAUUUGGAAUUUCUCUGUGCAUCGCGCGGAGACCACUUU